AUGGAUAGACGCACACCCUAUACCCUGAGCGUCCUUGCGCCCAGCACCAACGGUGCUGAUGAGUCUCGCACAACUAUUCAAAAUCGCCUGCGGGACUUUGUGCUUGAAUUCCAGCUGGAUAAUGCAUUUAUCUACCGCGAUCAAUUACGACAGAAUGUGCUUGUGAAGCAAUUUUACUGCGACAUUGACAUUGCCCAUCUUAUUUCCUACAAUGAGGAGCUGGCCCACAAACUCACCACAGAGCCCGCCGAUAUUAUUCCUCUGUUUGAAUUAGCACUUCAAGACUGCACUCGCCGAAUCGUCUACCCCGGUCAGCGGGAUAUCACUCUUCCAUCCCAUCAACUUCUUCUGCACUCUUCGGCUUCGCACAUUUCUAUUCGUGACCUGAACGCCACAAACAUCUCCCAUCUCGUGCGAAUUCCCGGUAUUGUCAUCGGUGCUUCAACUAUCUCCUCAAAGUCAACUCUUAUUCACAUUCGGUGCAAGAACUGUGACCACAGUGAAAAUAUUCACGUCGAAGGUGGCUUCUCUGGCCUGUCGCUCCCGCGGCGAUGCGGUCGCUCUAAAGAGCCUGGUGACCAGCCUGGCGAACAGUGCCCUCUCGAUCCCUAUGUGGUUCACCACGAGAAGUGCCAGUUCGUGGACCAGCAGGUUUUGAAGCUUCAGGAGGCCCCUGACCAGGUGCCUGUGGGUGAACUUCCCCGACACGUUCUGAUUUCUGCAGACCGCUACCUGGCCAACCGUGUUGUUCCUGGCUCCCGCUGCACAGUCAUGGGUAUCUUUUCCAUUUACCAGGCCAAGGGUGGCAAGAAGGAGGCUGCGGUGGCUAUUCGUAACCCCUACUUGCGGGCAGUGGGUCUCAACACUGACAUGGAUCAGACCGCUAAGGGCAACUCCGUUUUCUCUGAAGAGGAGGAGCAGGAAUUCUUGGAGCUCAGUCGUCGUCCUGAUCUGUACGAUGCAUUGGCCCGAAGCAUUGCUCCCUCUAUUUACGGCAAUGUGGACAUCAAAAAGGCUAUUGCUCGAAAAAAAAUCCUGCCCGAUGGAAUGAAACUUCGUGGUGACAUUAACGUGCUCUUGCUGGGUGACCCUGGUACUGCCAAGUCGCAAUUGCUGAAGUUUGUUGAGAAGGCUGCUCCUAUCGCUAUUUACACCUCCGGAAAGGGUUCCUCGGCGGCUGGUCUGACGGCCUCGGUGCAGCGAGACCACAACACUCGCGAGUUCUACCUGGAAGGUGGUGCAAUGGUGCUUGCAGAUGGUGGUGUUGUCUGUAUUGAUGAGUUCGAUAAGAUGCGUGACGAGGACCGAGUGGCCAUCCACGAAGCCAUGGAGCAGCAGACUAUCUCCAUUGCCAAGGCCGGUAUCACCACAAUCCUGAACUCCCGGACAUCCGUUCUGGCGGCGGCCAACCCGAUCUUUGGUCGUUAUGAUGACUUGAAGACCCCGGGCGAGAACAUCGAUUUCCAGACGACUAUCUUGUCCCGUUUUGAUAUGAUCUUCAUCGUUCGUGACGACCACGAGCGUGGCCGUGAUGAGAGAAUCGCACGUCACGUCAUGGGCGUUCACAUGGGCGGUCGUGGUAUGGAGGAGCAGGUUGAAGCUGAAAUUCCCGUGGACCAGAUGAAGCGCUACAUCAGCUACUGCCGCAGCCGUUGCGCCCCUCGCCUCUCUCCCGAAGCUGCCGAGAAGCUCUCUUCUCACUUUGUCUCUAUUCGCAAGCAAGUGCACCGGACUGAGCUCGAGUCCAACACUCGCUCAUCUAUCCCCAUCACCGUGCGUCAAUUGGAGGCCAUUGUCCGUAUCACUGAGUCUCUCGCCAAGCUGCAGCUCUCUCCCAUCGCCACCGAGGCCCAUGUCGACGAGGCCAUUCGUCUGUUCCUGGCUUCCACCAUGGAUGCCGUCACCCAGGGUGAAGGUCAAGGUAGCAAGGAGCUCAUGGAGGAAGCUCACAAGAUUGAAGAAGAGCUCAAGCGUCGUCUGCCCCUCGGUUGGAGUACCAGCUUGGCGACAUUGCGACGCGAGUUUGUCGAUGGCAAGGGUUACAGUGAGCAAGCACUCAAUCGGUCCCUGGUGGUCUUGCAACGCAGAGAGACUGUCCAGAUUCGCUCCGGCGGUUCGCAGAUCUACCGUAACGCUCCGUGA